ACCACGGCGGGUCAAGCAAGUUUCUCCCCAAAGCUGGAAGCGCGUGCUGCAUCCACGUUUCCCCGCCUUUGAAAACUCCUGCACGCGGCGGGGCGGGGUUGGGCUGGGGACAAGGAACGGAAGCAGGCAGCGGAGGAGCGGGCACCCCUCCCAGGCUUAGUGCGCGCCGCGCCCCCUACCCCCCGGGUACCUGGGAGCGGACGCGCGGGCCCGACGCGCACAGACGGCCGCGAUGGCGCUAGUGACCCGGGGCCUCUCCUGGGGCCCGGGGUCCCACCCAGCCCGGGGCGGCCGGGGGUCGCUUGUCUUCGUGUGCCUCCUUCUCAGCACCUGGUACACAGCCCCUGCCGGCGCGAUCCAGGUGACCGUGUCGGACCCCUACCACGUGGUGAUCCUGUUCCAGCCGGUGACCCUGCCCUGCACCUACCAGAUGACCGCGACCCCCGCAGUGCCCAUCGUCAUCUGGAAGUACAAGUCCUUCUGCCGGGACCGCAUCGCCGACGCCUUCUCCCCAGCCAGCGCCGACAACCAGCUCAACGCCCAGCUGGCGGCCGGUAACCCGGGCUACAACCCCUACGUGGAGUGCCAGGACAGUGUGCGCACGGUCAGGGUGGUGGCCACCAAGCAGGGCGACGCCGUGACCCUGGGCAGCUACUACCAAGGCCGGAGGAUCACCAUCACGGGAAAUGCUGACCUCACCUUUGACCAGACGGCUUGGGGGGACAGCGGGGUGUAUUACUGCUCCGUGGUCUCGGCCCAGGACCUCCAGGGGAACAACGAGGCCUACGCAGAGCUCAUCGUCCUCGGCAGGACCUCAGGGGUGGCUGAGCUCUUACCUGGUUUUCAGGCGGGGCCCAUGGAAGACUGGCUCUUCGUUGUCAUGGUCUGCCUGGCCGUCUUCUUUGUCUUCCUCCUCCUGGGCAUCUGCUGGUGCCAGUGCUGCCCCCACACCUGCUGCUGUUACGUCAGGUGCCCCUGCUGCCCAGACAAAUGCUGCUGCCCUGAGGCCCUGUAUGCAGCCGGCAAGGCGGCCACCUCAGGCGCUCCAAGCAUCUACGCCCCCAGCACCUACGCCCACCUCUCCCCUGCCAAGACCCCACCCCCACCAGCCAUGAUUCCCCUGGUCCCUGUCUACAACGGUUACCCUGGAGACUUUGACAGGAACAGCUCAGUUGGCGGCCACAGCUCCCAGGUGCCCCUCCUUCGCGACACGGACAGCAGCGUGACCUCGGAGGUCCGCAGCGGCUACCGCAUUCAGGCCAGCCAGCAGGAUGACUCCAUGCGCGUCCUGUACUAUAUGGAGAAAGAGCUGGCCAACUUUGACCCUUCACGACCUGGCCCCCCCAACGGCCGUGUGGAGCGGGCCAUGAGUGAAGUCACCUCCCUCCACGAGGACGACUGGCGAUCCCGGCCUUCCAGGGGCCCUGCCCUCACCCCGAUCCGGGAUGAGGAAUGGGGUCGCCACUCCCCCCGGAGCCCCAGGAGGUGGGAGCAGGAACCCCCCAUAGAGCGGUCCAGGGAUGGCUGGGGGACCGGGCGGCCCCGGGCCCGCUCCGUGGAUGCUCUGGAUGACCUCGCCCGGCCGGGUUCUGGUGAAUCAGGGAGGAGGUCUCCCCCAAGCAGCGGGAGGAGAGGCUGGGCCUACGCAGCCCCCCGAAGUCGCAGCCGAGACGACCUCUAUCACCAAGACGACUCAGGGGACUUCCCACACUCCCGAGAUGCCCACCACGAUGAGUUCAGGUCCAGGGACCACCCUCCUGCCGAAACCCGGUCCCACUACCAUGGUUCCCGGGACCCUCGGGAUAAUGGCUCCAGGGCCGGGAACCCCCAGUACGACGGGCGGCUGCUGGAGGAGGCCUUGAGGAAGAAAGGGUCAGGGGACAGGAGGAGACCCUACAGGGAGGAAGAGGAAGGGGAGGCCUGCUACCCCCCCGCGCCGCCCCCUUACUCCGAGACCGAGUCCCAGGCGUCCCGAGAGCGGAGGCUGAAGAAGAACUUGGCCCUGAGUCGGGAAAGUUUGGUCGUCUGACCUCACAUUUUGUAUGUAGUUUUUGUACUGUUUUUUUGUUUUUUUUUUCUAAUUUGAGUUGGGGA